UCUACGCAAAUAUAAUCGUGGCGACAAGCGGGACCUUGCAGAACGCUAUCACAGGGAGUCGUCUAGUCGACGCAAAUAUAAUCGUGGCGACAAGCGGGACCUUGCAGAACCGCAAAUUUAA